CGCCUCCGCCCGCCCCCAGCGCGCCUCGUGCCUCGAGCCUCGCGCCACGUCCCCGCCCCGGGCCGCGCCGCGGAGUUGGCUGCUGGGCGGAGUGGCUGGGUGUGGUCGGUGGCUCCGGGCUUGGCGGUGCGCUGUGCUCUGCACGCCGGCUCCGCGCUCGAGGGCCAGCAGAGCGCAGAAAGGACUCGGCCAGCGCCGGGGCGACGUGGGCCGAAGCUCCCUCCAGUUACUUUUACUUGGUAAUUACUGAGGUAAACAGAUUCAAAGGAUGAGUGAACUGGAACAACUGAGGCAGGAAGCAGAACAACUGCGGAAUCAGAUCCAGGAUGCCAGGAAAGCAUGUAAUGAUGCAACGCUUGUUCAGAUCACAUCAAAUAUGGACUCUGUGGGUCGAAUACAAAUGCGAACAAGACGUACGCUGAGAGGCCACCUAGCUAAAAUCUAUGCUAUGCAUUGGGGAUAUGAUUCAAGGCUACUAGUAAGUGCUUCCCAAGAUGGAAAAUUAAUUAUUUGGGAUAGCUAUACAACAAAUAAGAUGCAUGCUAUUCCUUUGAGAUCUUCUUGGGUGAUGACCUGUGCUUAUGCCCCAUCUGGUAAUUAUGUUGCUUGUGGAGGUCUGGACAACAUCUGCUCUAUAUAUAACUUAAAAACCAGAGAGGGAAACGUGAGAGUGAGCCGAGAGUUGCCAGGUCACACAGGUUACUUGUCCUGCUGUCGCUUUUUAGAUGACAGCCAGAUUGUUACAAGUUCAGGAGAUACAACUUGUGCUUUAUGGGACAUAGAAACUGCCCAGCAGACCACCACAUUCACUGGGCACUCUGGAGAUGUCAUGAGUCUUUCUCUGAGUCCUGACAUGCGCACUUUUGUUUCUGGUGCUUGUGACGCCUCUUCCAAAUUAUGGGAUAUUCGAGAUGGAAUGUGUAGACAGUCUUUCACAGGACACGUCUCAGAUAUUAAUGCUGUCAGUUUUUUUCCAAAUGGAUAUGCCUUUGCCACUGGCUCCGAUGAUGCUACUUGCCGGCUCUUUGACCUCCGAGCAGACCAAGAGUUGUUGUUGUAUUCUCAUGACAAUAUAAUCUGUGGAAUCACUUCUGUAGCUUUCUCAAAAAGUGGGCGCCUCCUGCUGGCUGGUUAUGAUGACUUUAAUUGUAACGUAUGGGACACGCUGAAAGGAGAUCGUGCAGGUGUCCUCGCUGGUCAUGACAACCGUGUCAGCUGUUUAGGUGUGACUGAUGAUGGCAUGGCUGUGGCAACAGGAUCUUGGGACAGUUUUCUUAGAAUCUGGAAUUAACAGUGUCAUACAUAUUUUCUGUUCUCCAUUGAUAAUCUGGAGAAAUCAAUACUACAGCCUAUAGCUGUGAAAAAAAAAUCUACCUUUUAUUUGCAGGUGAAGAUUUUUCUAUUGAGUUAUUAUAUACAAAAGCAGCUUUUGGGAAACUAC